AUGGAAACUAUAUAUAUUUGUAUUACCUUAUUCAUUGUUGUAGCAAUCUUGUCUGUUAUCAACUAUCUCAAGAGGGUAGAGACACAUGUUCAAUGGAGGAACAAGCUAGCCAAAUUAGACGUAAAGAACAAUGGUGACAAUGAUGAGAUCAUUAAACACUUUGUGGGCUACGAGUAUCCGUUCGAGAUGUUUUUGGCGCUCAACUUUUGUUUCUACCGUACGUUCUGCUCGCCCACGAUCGCCAGUGUUUACCGCAAGACAGGCACCAUCUACAACACGCCAGACAAGAGAGCCUGUGAUACCGAUCUCCUGAUGCACAUUUGGAUGGACUAUGGACUGGACUCCACUGAGGGCAAGGCCUCCUACGAGCACCUGAACAAAAUUCAUGGACUUCACUCAUCCAAGACCAGAAACGUCGACUUUGUUUUUGUUCUCUGCUGUCUGGUGGUCGAUGCCAUACAAUUCACCAACGACUAUGGCUGGAGGAGACCAGAGGAGAAGGAGAAGCAAGCCAUGUGGGAGUUCUACCGUCGCGUUGGUCAACGUAUGCAGCUGACAAACAUCCCAGAGAAUCUACAAAAGUGCUACGAGUUUGUCGAGAGCUACACAGAGGAUAACCGUCAGGCACGUGUCACAGAGGAUGGACAGGUUCUCACCGAGGCCAUCACCAAACUUGUUUGCCAAUGGUACUACCUGUUGCCAGCAUUCGUAUGUCGCAUGGCUGUCAAAGUUGUCCUUUAUCAAAUGGGUGCCACCUUCCAGAGGAAGCUUGGACUGAGCAAGCCAUCAAUUUUUGAAAGCCUCUUGAUCAAUACUGUAUUGAUCACCCGCCGAUCAAUCCUCUGUGUCAUUCCUCCACGUUCAGUCCCCUACAAGCUCUCUGACGUCAUCAUGAACACUGACUAUGGAUGUCCUGUAUCUAAACAAACAAUUACAAAGGUUGGUCCUUUGGACAUGUUGGCCAAGAUACAAUAA